CGUUCGAUUAAAAAGGAAAAAAAGCUUAAGCCGUCAACUAUGCUACUGACAAAGAUCAAUGGUAAAAUAAAGCCAGAACCAAGCGAAGCGGGCAGGAAGACGCGCAAACGCGUUCGACAGAAGGCGGAAGAGUCUUGGAUCGCAGAGUCGUGUGCCUUUCCAGACAACGUGUUCCAGGACACAAUGCAAUCCUGUAAAGAGAACCUGCCUGGCUUAAACGCCGAUGAGCGCAGGGCGCUCAGCAAGCUGCUAAGGGUCUGGGACCAGAAACUGAACGCCACAAACCGCCGGCCGGAUUCCCAUAAAAGUACGCCCCCACCGCCCCGUAAACGGCGACGCAUUGCCAAGCCUGUGGCUCCACCGAAGGCUGAGGAUAACCCAGGUCCUCGCGUUGAAAAUGUCUAUAACGUGGAGGACGAUGUGAUUGUCCUAAACCGCAUUGUCAUGCCGCCGCAUCCGCCGACUAAUCAGCCCCGAUACUUCGACGUUGUCAUGCCGGCGUUCGUCCUCAAGCGCAGGAUCCUCGAUUCUUUCCUCAACCGUGAUAUCAUUAAACGUCUCAUAACCUCCAAUGAUCAGGAGGCCACUGCCGUUCUCCAGAAACUAGUGGACGACGUGCUCAAGCUUAAAAAGUGCUACGACCGACAUGGUACACUGAUCGAGUGGUAGAAGAUUAAAUUAAAUAUUGAUUGUACAUACAUACAUUCUAAUUAUACAUACAUAUGUACAUAAGGUGCAAUUUUACAUGCAUACAGUAUACAUAUGUAUGUAUGUAUCGCUUAUCAUUGAUUGGAAUAAUCGUUCAACCGAUUAUCUUUA